UAGUAUGAUCGCGCUUCUUAUACGGUGCUUCCCUUCUUGCGCCACUACACGUUUAGGUUAUUCACCAAACACUUUUCUCCGUUGAGCUCUAUCCCUGGUUUCUUAGGGUUAGGGUUUUUGUAUGCCAACCUGAUUUUUCAAUUCUAUUUCGGAAUUGAAGUGCAUCCUCUGAUUUCUUAGACAUGGGAAGAGCAAAGAAAGCCCCGAAAUUUGCGGUCAUGAAAAAGCUCGUAAACUCAAAAAUGAUUAAACAACACAAAGAAGAGGUUCUAAACCCUAAGAAGAAAGAUCUCGAAAAGGAGAAGCUCCCCAGAAACGUGCCAAAUGUACCUUCAGCUCUUUUCUUCAAAUACAACACUGCACUGGGACCGCCUUAUAGGGUUUUGGUCGAUACUAACUUCAUCAAUUUUUCCAUUCAGAAUAAGUUGGAUUUGGAGAAAGGAAUGAUGGACUGCUUAUAUGCUAAAUGCACUCCUUGUAUCACUGAUUGCGUCAUGGCAGAGCUUGAGAAGUUAGGUCAGAAGUACCGUGUUGCUUUGAGGAUUGCAAAAGAUCCUAGAUUUGAAAGAUUACCAUGUAGUCACAAAGGAACAUAUGCUGAUGACUGUAUUGUUGAUAGAGUUACUCAGCACAAGUGCUACAUUGUUGCCACAUGUGACCGAGACUUGAAACGAAGGAUCCGGAAGAUUCCUGGAGUCCCAAUCAUGUAUAUUACUCAACAUAAGUAUUCAAUUGAACGGUUGCCUGAAGCAACCAUUGGUGGAGCUCCAAGAAUUUGAUGAAACGUGAUAUUUUAACUCUUGGAAGAACAUAGUUUGCGCUACCAUUUAUUUCCUUCUGGGUCAUCCACAUUAUAUCAUAGAUAUUAUUUUUCAAUAUCACAGGAGAAGGCUAUGAGUUUUGUCACUGUAAAAUGGGUUUAAUACACAUUUAGGGCUCGAAGGGAUGUGGUUAUUUAUUGUCCAUUGAACUGUAAUGAUGUCAUCAAUGGCCAAUUUUCUAUGUAUCACAGUAUCAGAUAUCAGGGGAAAAAGGAAAUCUCUGGAGCUAUUAAAUUCAUCUGAAAAAGAAAGUUUCUGCUCUUACUGAUUCAAAAUUUGUUUACCAACUGGUAACGAUCGUUUUGUUUGGAUCGUUCUUUAUUCUUAGAGAGAGAGAGAGAGAGAGAUUGCGUUUGUCAUGUUUUUAAGAGAACUAAGGGCCGUUUGAUAACAGCAUUGAAUGGUUUAUUUGCUUUUGUA